AUGGGCCUCUCGCGCGGCCACAGCCCACGUCUGCGCCGCACGGAGGUGCAGGUACCCGUUACCCUCAACGUUUACAGCCUGAUCGAGAGCAACAAGAGGCUGUCCAAGAUGGGCAUGGGUGUCUUCCACACAGGCGUUGUCGUGUACGGCAUCGAGUGGGGCUACGGCGAGGUGGUGGACAACCCCAACGCCUCCGGGCUGUUCUGCGUGCAUCCUGGGCAAGCUGCUGGCACCCUUUACCGUACCAUCCGCAUCGGUCACACCACUCGGUCGCCCAUGCAGGUGGACACCAUCCUGCACCGGCUGGAGAACGAGUGGCGCAGCAGCGACUACCACAUCCUGCACCACAACUGCAAUCACUUUGCCCAGGCCUUCUGCGAUCUCCUGAGCACCACAGAGAAGCUGCAGGUGCCGUCAUGGUGCAACCGCGCCGCGCGCGUCGGCGACCGCGUCAUCCCACGCCGGCUGGCGACGAAGGUGCAGCAUAUGAUGGACGACGAACCGCCCAAGGCCGCUGCGCCACCGACGCCGGCGUCAAACAUCAGCGAGGUGCCCACAUCGGUGGUGCCACACGAGUGGUACCUGCACCCCAGCAUCUGCCAGCCGCUGCGGUACAUCGACGAAAGAAAGCCGCUGUCUGUGGCCAGCCAAGGCGGGCAUAGUGUCUCGGCAUCAGCGGUAGCUGUUGAUGGCGGCAGCUCCCACUGCAGCGCCGAGUGUGGCAUUGUGCCGCCGCCAGGCUACGAGAUGGCCGACACCGGAAGGGUGUGCCCGCCCAUCACCCGGCGCGAGACGUACUGCAGCACGGACGAGAAGGGCAGCAUCACGCACAUAAUGGCCAUCGAGGAGCAGCCCUCAGUAACCCCGUCCUCUCGGCGUGAGUCCGCUUGCAAGUCGGCCAUGUCUCAACGCGCAACCAAGUCCACGUCUGGCCACAGUCCGGCGCCGCCGUCGCUUGGCAUUACCUUCAGCAGCGGCGGGGAGGACCGUGUGGUGCUGCCGCGCAUGCGGGUUUCGGCAAGCCAGUCGUGCAGCGCAGCACCAACCGGGUCGUCACAGGCCUCGGAGAUCGAAAUGGACGUGGAGAACGUCCUCCAAAGCGAAACGAGCGAGGAGCCGUCGCCUCCCGUCAUGUCGCACCUGCCGACGAUCAGCUCCCCCAAUCGCGGCACCGCCAAUCCUCGAAAGGCGACGCCGUCGGGCAGCACUACCAACCGGCGGCGAGGCGCAAGUUUCGAGCAGCAGCAUCAUGUCGAAAGCGACUCGAGGGAGGAGGGUGCAGAAGCAUCCUUGGAGAAGCCGCUGUGCACGGUGCGCAACUCAUCUAUGGAGUCGAUGAGCGUGGAGCUGUCUGACCACGGCGACUCCUCAGCACAGCCGCCCUCUUCGUUCCUAGCGACGUCGAAUGCAAUGCCGGUCGGCUGCAUCACGACUUUGUUGCCCACCUCACCGAAACCACCAGCCGAGGAAGCCACCCGGCGCAGCAGCAACAUGAUGGCAGGCGAGCGCGACGUCACCACUGGCGUCGCGAAUAUGUCAAGCGAGGCGAGCAACAACUCGAGCGGCGACUUCGCGUCAGCCAAGCAUAACCACAGAACACAGACCACCACCAGCAGCAGCGCAACCAAAGAGCAGAAGCCAAAACGGGAGCCUGGUAACGAAUUCAGCGACAUCACCGGUGCGCUGGUCUACGGUGCACCCCUCCCAUCCGCCACCGCAGCAGCAUCAGCGGCGGGCAUCAAGCACAAGGACAGCUCGGUGUGGAGACUUCUCAAGAACCAAUGUGGCCUCUCGGGCAAAACUGGCACCGGAAAUGCGGUCCACAAGUACCUCCCCACCCCGUCGGCAAGUUCGACGCCGUCCUCAUCCUCCUCGCAUCUACAGCCUGAGGCCCAUGACGAGAAGGCGGUCUCCGUACCUGCUGAUAGCGGCGCUGUCGAUCCUGCCGCAGAUUCAACACUGGCAUCGAGGCAGGAGAGGGACCACACGCACGCGCUCCUGUCCGCUUCAGCCUCUCCUUCGUCGCACCACUUUACGCCUGUUGCGUUGGAAGACAAGGACAGCGGACAUGACGCUGUAUCGAACGAGGUGCAGGACUCGAACGGCACCACACCGACCCCAACAACGGCUGCGCCGCAGAACACGCCCCACAUGCCGCAUCUGGGCGGCGACCCGCCAGCGUCCGCAACGGAGCUGCUGCCACAGUCUCCUGAGCGGCGCCUGUCGCGCAGCGAGACGUCGUCGGCGCAAGGCGGUGUUCCUUCGCCUAUGAGCCCGCCAAAUCUGGGUCCGGCAACAACAGCGUCGCAGCCCAUGUGCAGUCCAGGGCCCCGGUUCCCGCCCUCCUUUGUGACACCGGAGCGACCCAACAUCAUCACCAGUAGUGGGGCUGUGACAACGGGGUGCUCGCCUGCCGCGGCGCAUCAGCGCCGGCGCGCCAGCUCAUCGGCCGCGAUGAGCGACUCCCCGCCCCCGCCAAGGGAGCGGUGCCGGAGACCCAUCCCCUUUGCAGUAAGGCAGCGCGGCAACGAUGAGAAUGUCGCACCCGCGCUCCGGCUGGACUUGGACAGCGAUGAGGCGGAGCCGCCAGUGCGCCGCAGCAGCAGUCGCCACAGUCGAACAGCAGGGGAAGCUGGUACGCCGUCGACGACCGACAAGACGGCACACGCGCCGAUGGUACUAUGCUCGUGUGGACCGUCAUCGCUGCUCCGCGAGGACACUGCGACGGGUGACGAUCGAACCGGCGAGAACGCAUCCAGCGACCACAGUGAAGCCUCUCUGACUGCGCAGUCUAGCCUGAACACCGAGCUGGUGGAUCCGUCACGCUUGAGCCCGACGCCUUCGGAGAGCAUCCCAGCGCCGGAAGCCAACGAGCCCCCUACCCCACCUCCAUGUGACACUCAUUGA